AUGGCUCCUGCUACUAAGAAGUCUACUGCUGCUGCCAAGAAGGCUGCCCCUAACCAUCCUAGCUACGAAGCUAUGAUCAAAGCUGCUAUCCUUGCCUUGAAGGAACGUCGUGGUAGCUCCCGUAUCGCCAUCAAGAAGUACAUUCUUGCCAACUACGGCCUUACCGCUGGUUCCCAUUUCGAUACUCAAGUCAAUGCUGCUAUCAAGCGUGGUGUUGCCAAGGGUGUUUUCCUUCUUCCUAAGGGCAUGUCUGGUACCGUGAAGAUUGCCAAGCCUGAAAAGAAGUCUGCUGCACCUGCUGAUAAGGAGAAGGCUGAAAAGAAGACUACUACCAAGAAGACUCCUGCUAAGAAGGCUACUACCACUGCUGCCAAAAAGACUUCUACUCGUGUUGCUGCUAAGAAGGCUACUGAGACCAAGAAGGCUGCUGAGACAAAGAAGACUCCUGCUAAGAAGGCUCCUGCUAAGAAGGCUACUACCACCAAGAAGACCACUACUACUAAGCGCAAGACCCCUACCAAGAAGGAAUCUACUACUGCAAAGGCCAAUGUGAAGGCUCCCAAGAAGGCUGCUCCCAAAAAGGCUGCUGCUACUAAGAAGGCUACCACUACCAAGAAGGCUGCUGCCCCAAAGAAGGCUGCUGCUCCUAAGAAGACUGCUGCUGCUACUAAGAAGGCUACCACCACCAAGAAAGCUGCUGCCACCAAGAAAGCUGCUGCUCCCAAGAAGGCUGCUUCUGCCAAGGGCUCUCGGUCUUCCCCACGAUCCAAGGCCACCAAGGCAUAA